AUGAAGUUUGAGCGCAUGCCCAUUGAGAUCGAGUCACCUGAGGAGUAUGGCUAUGACAAGAUCAAGUAUAACCUCUCCGAGAGCUCCAUCACCGACCAGACCCUCAAGUCUCUGAACCUCGAAAUCCCGAACCUCACCCUUCUGUAUAACGAACACCGUGGUGAGACCGAACUGCGGAAGCUCAUCGCUGACGACGCCAACGUGAGCGCUGACGACGUCCUUAUCACUUCAGGCGCCGCUGGGGCCUUGUUCAUCAUCACCACUUCGCAGCUCGGGAAUACACCUGCAUCGGAGCGCAAUCAUCUUGUUGUGGUGCGCCCCAACUACGCAACCAAUUUGGAAACGCCCAAGGCUGUAGGUUGCGAGAUCUCUUACAUUGAUGUCGUUUUUGAGAAAGGCUUCCAGCCUAACAUCGACGAGAUUGAGGCCUUCAUCAAGUCCAAUACCCGGCUCGUCUCUGUGACAUGCCCACAUAACCCCACCGGCUCUACUCUCUCUCGGGAGGCACUUGAUCGUCUUACAUAUCGGGAUAUAGCUUUUGGCGAGAAACUUCCUGUCGCGGCCUCUUUGGGCGAUCAUGUUCUGAGUGUUAGCUCAUUGUCCAAAUCUUUUGGCAUUCCUGGCGUCCGUAUCGGCUGGCUCAUCGCCAAGAACAAGAAACUUCAAGAAACCUUCCUAGCUGCGAAGGAACAGAUCAGUAUUAGCGGCAGUGUCAUCAACGAGUGGAUAGCGAUAAAUGUCCUCUCGCGACGCCAGGAGAUCCUGGCCGAAACAACAGAUGAGAUGAAGAUCCGGCUUCAGAUAGUUGAGUCAUGGAUCGAAAGUGAGGAGCUGCUGGAAUGGGUCAAGCCGACCGGUGGCGUUGUCUGUUUCCCUAGGAUUAAGAAGGAGCCCAAGGGGGGACUGCCGGUAUUCUACGAGAGGCUUCUUAAGAAACAUUCCACCUAUGUUGGCCCUGGCCAUUGGUUUGAGCUGUCUGAUAGCUUUUUCCGACUUGGCUAUGGAUGGCCCUCACGUGGAGACCUUGAGGGAGGCAUGAAGGCUAUCUCAGCUGCACUGCGGGAUGAGUAG